AUGAAGAUCGCCAUCAUGCACCCGGAUAUGGGCGGCAUCAAUCAACUCUACGCGUGGAACCCGCAUAUCCAUCGAGGAACUUGUGAGAACCUCGGCGUCAAUGAGAUGGUCUGUAUUAAGAUGCAGCCUGCACCCCAAUGCGCGCCGGUGCAGACGAUGCAGACAAUGGAGACGAUGCAGACAAUGGAGACGAUGCAGCAGUAG